AUGCCAGACCUCAUAUACCUGCCCAACGAGCUUUUGCUGUGGAUUGUGUCGCAUUUGGACGGCAGUGCAUUAUUUGCUCUCGGAAAAUCAUGCAAAAACCUUCAUUUUAGACUGCAACCCAACAUCUGGAAAUACAAGACCAAAUUUCAGAAUAGCAAUCUGUUGCACCUGGCCGUCAAAUACGACAACGUUGGUCUUGCGGAGGUUUUGCUCCAGCACAAUGCCAACAUCAAUGCAUUUUACCGCGGCAAAACUCCUUUAAUGAGGGCGCUAAAAUACUCUUCCGCUGCUGUGCGUGAACUCUUGCUCAAUCGUCGAGACCUAGGCAUCAACAUCCAAAAUCAAGCGCGCGACAGCGCCCUGUCGUAUGCCAUCCACUAUGGAAACUUCUCCACCGUCAAGAGCAUCCGGGAACAACCCAGCGUCAGAGUGGACGUCAAACACAAACACGGCCGAACGGCGCUCCACCUAGCGGUCUUCGGAGGCAGAAUAGGCUUCGUGCAUCUGCUAAUUUCUAGUGGCAGCGACCCUGAUCUACGGGAUGGCUCAGGCCAUUCGCCGCAGGCCUGGGCACGUCGCUUCAAUCGUCCCGGUCGACUUGCUCCUGAGCCACCCCCUUUCCAGCGUGGACUGCAAAGAUAA